ACCUGGCCACAAAUGAUAGCUCGACCGUGUGGACAUUUCUAGCAGUCAAAAACUCAGCCAAAUACAACACAUCCCAACGAGGGAGCAAAGACACAUUCACACACCGAUGUUCGAGCGAGGUGGGUCGUCUACAGUAUGUGUAAAACUAAAUAUACCCGUGACAAAUGUGACUCACAACGACCACAGCCCUCCAACGAACACACACGGUGUGUAAUUCCAACGCCUCUCCCCUAAAAUAGCCUUCCGCAGCAGCAGCUACAUCAAAGCCCCCUGGUGCCUUUAAGAGAACGGCGGUGGGGGUCUAACAUUGGCUGAAGGCAACCUCUACAGAAACAAUCACACACGUUCACACACCCACUCGGCGCCUUCGCUACGAACAUGGAGGAUCUCAGAGUGCUCUUCAAAGGCAACAAAGUGUCGUACAGACCGGGCGACAUCGUGGAAGGCGUUAUUAAAGUCUAUGUCACGGCUGCCGUCCCCUUCAAGGCAAUCCGUGUGCGAUGCGUCGGGCGUUGCGACAUUGGGCCGCGGUCAAAGGCCGAGCCGGACGUCAUGGAGCAGUACAUCAACGAGUUCCAAGUGGCCUGGGGAAAAAAGUCGUCUGGUUCGCUGUCAAUCGGAAAGCACUCCUUCCCCUUCAGCUUUAAGCUUCCAGACGACGCUCCGCCCUCGUUUGAUGGGAAGCAUGGGCGCGUGGGCUACUCGGUGCUGGCCGAGCUCGACAUGCCCUGGUACAAGUCCGACCAGGAGCUGCGCGCCGAAUUCACCGUCACGCUGCCCGUCGACCUCAACGCUGUCCCCGACGCGGCUUGCGAGAGCCGGUCUAAUGCGAGCAAGCAGGUGAACUACUCGCUGGUGAAGAGUGGCACGCUGUCGCUGGAGUGCGUGGCUGAGAGGAAGGGAUACGUGCCGGGCCAGGUGAUUCAGCUGCUCACCUCCAUCAGCAACAAGACUGGCAAAACCUUCCCACAGAUCAGCUCAAGCCUCAUCCAGAUGGUGACUUACAGGGGCAAGCGCGACAUCGUUGACCUGACCACGCUCGUCACGAAGGACGGCGGCAGCGUCGGGCCCAAGCAGACGACGCAGUGGAAGGAGCGCUUCUCCGUGCCGGCGUUGCCCUGCUCGGAGCUACCCGGCUGCAAGCUCAUUUCCCUGGAGCACUUUGUGCAGGUCUCGGUCAAGUCGCUUGACCUCACGGUGCGCGUUCCUCUCCUCAUCGGCAACGUCCCCAUCGAAGGCAGCGAGAAGCCGACCCUCCCGGCGGCCGCGCCCGCCUGUCCUGCCGAGGCCACGCCACCCUCCGACCCCGUGGCGCCAUCCCAGCCUCCGCAGCCGCAGCCUCUUCCCGAGCCGGACUACCCGACCGCAGCGGAUCCGGCGCCCUCAUUCAAAUCCCCGGAUCCCGACGCGGGCGAGCGGCCCUCGCCCAGCGCGCCCCCCAUGGGGUUCGUCGACCUCCCGCCGGCCUACGGCGACCACCCGCCGCCUUUCGCGCCGCCGACGGGGCUCUACCCGGCCCUGCACGGGGCCCCUUUCCCGCAGCUCCCCACGCCGCCCCCCUACUGCCUCUACCCUGACGCGGCGGCCCUCGGAUCGACGGGGCAGUUCGGCCACUCCGACGCGGCCGCAUUCCGCCACGAGGCGCAUCCGCCGCACGCGAAGGCUGCGCCGAUGCCGGCGGCCAUGUCCGAAGGGAGCCUCGGGCCCGGCCCCGAACGCCGCGCGAUGCCACCGCGCGGCCUCGGCUCCUCGGCGAUGGCGGCGUCGUCCUCCUUGCCGUCGCUGCCGGCCGUGGUGCCCGCGGGGGGAGAGGACGGCGGAGAGGGGAGCGGGGAGGCGGCGCGGCGAGGGCCCAACAACCGCCUGUCUGGCUGCGUGCCCACGCCGCUGGCCCUCGCCAUGGGAACGGCGCUGCCCUCGGUUCCCGUGCGGAGGCUGUCGUCCGAGGGGGGGGCGGCGUCGUCGUCGGGGGCGCCGAGACCGGCGAGGCCCAAACCACCCGCUCCCCCCCCACACAUGCCAUCGCAGCAAGGCCUGCGUCCGUCACGGAAGAAGUAAAGGCGAUGAACCGAAUCGCGGGACGGCAAGAGCUUGAAUUGAGAAUCGUUUUUUUUUAUGGAUCCACAGCGUGUCAAAUGGUAAACAAUGCAAACGUUAAGCUGCCUGACUUGACUGCGCGGGGGCCUCGUGCCGUUGAGUUGAUCCGCGGGGGCUUUUAGGCUUAACGAGACGUAUCACGGCAAUGAGAAACCAGCUAAAGGGAUUAGCACUCGGAGAGUUGGUGGUAAUCGAGCAAGAGGCAGCGAUGGGAAGCUUUGUUUAAAACUGUGAUUGUGUGACCAACACAAGUGACUGAUUCGCAAAUAAUGCACACGGCAUUGUCCUGCAUAAACCUUACAUGAGCCCUUCAGGAAAUUGUGACUCAUGACCUUCAGCUUUUCCUAUGGACCACUAUGUUAAAAACUCAGCAAUAUAAUCGACAGGGCACUUUAUGUUUGUACACACGAUGCAAUAUACUGGGUGUCAAUGAAAGUAUAUUUUUUGUGUAAUAAUACAGCAGCAGUGGCACAGAGUUGUUUGCGCACUAUGGCUGGGUAAAUCCACCUGAGUUUGAUUCCCAGCCAAGGCUGCUAACAUCAGUGACGAGUGAUGUCCGAACCACUUGUCCUGGGCCCCCCCCCCUCAAUUUACAAUCUCACACUGACCAGCAUGGCGAAGU